CAUAUUUAUCACUUCCAGGCCAGUCUGAGAGGGAUUAUCCAUCCUCGGUGUCACAAUGAACGACUACGAAUCCCGUCGACAAGAAAAGAUCAAGCAAAACCAAAAAUUGCUCGCCGAACUCGACAUCAAACCCAUUAUUCCCAAGACAACACGAGCUACAAAUACAAAUGCAGACGGGAAACCUCCCAUCAAGAAACGUAAAAUCUUCCAGGAACCUACUGCGCCCGCUCGAACUUCAGCACGGAUAGCUGCUGCGCCCGCAAAAGCUAUCUACAAUGAAGAAGAGAUGUCCAAGUCUCUCCCACGUUCCAGAGCGAAGAAGACAACAACAACAACAACAACAGGAACGAAGAAACCAGGCAAACUCGGCUCCAUCAUCACAACCCACAACACAGAAAACUCUCCCCUCGCACCAACACCCCAAAAGAUAGAAGCCAUCCAAGCCGCCUGGACCUCCUGGACAGCAUCUCCUCUCGCAACCCCCCCAACCCGCGACGAAAACCAAACUCUCCACUUCGCCGACCACCCGACCUUCCUCCCCAACAAAACGCCCUCUGAAAUCCUACGCGAAGGCUGUUUCGGCGGCUCCUACUACCGCCCUCUCCGCUCCCGCAAACUCGGAAUUCUCAUCCAAGACGACUGGAAAGAACUUCCUCCCGAAUGGCUUUCCGGUUUGAAUGUGGAGACAUUCCUGACCAAUCCCGAUUAUGAUCCCGAAGUGAAUAAAUACAAAGUCUCCUGUGGCCAAUCGAUUGAAGAAUGGGAGGCUGCGGGGUGGAUUUCUCACGAACAUGAUGUACGAGGGUGGUUUCAGUGGUAUACGAGAUUUUAUCGGGGCAGGAGAUGUGAAGAUGACGAGAGGCAGAUUUCUCGUUGGAAGAAAUGUGUGGGGGAGACGGGGAGGUGGAGGAGGAUGUUGUUGAAGAAAUAUGUCCAACAAGGUGUGAGGACGGUGUUUGAUGAUGGGGAGGAGGAGGAUGCUGUCGAGGUGAGUCCGGUGAUGCAUCAGACGUGUCAUCAUUGGGCUUUUGAGGUCAGACAGCAGCAUUUGGAUGCGUUUUGGGAGGAGGGAGGUGCGAGAUGAGAUGAGCUGCCGACUUCGGCCCCGGUGGGCGGAGUGCGGUGGUACCUCCUACGUCUGUUGGAAGAGUGGAGCACUAUCAGAGGCAUGUCUUGUCAAGGCAGUGACACCAGACAGUGUAUG